UUCUUGAUUGUUACGCUACUGGAGAUAAUGCUGAGCAUUAUACAUAAUUUACCAAAAGAUAAAAACAGAAUACAGCAUAUCGCAAGUGUUUGUCAGCUAGCUUGAGUGGUAUAUCAUUAUUUCAGACACAAACAAAUAUUCUGGACGAUGCGAUUAAAUGUUAUAAGGACAAAUUCACAUUUUAAAAAGCUUACCUUGAAGUGAAUCUACUGAAGACGGUGUAUUACGUGUAAGAUUGAGAUUCUAAACUUCACGAAAAUAACUUUUAAAACAAAAUAGUGAAAGAAUCAACAAAAAUGUUAUAAAAACCAUGGAAGAAGAUUACGUUAAAGAAAUCUUUGUUUUUAAAUUUCCGACAUGCACUACAGCCCAGGAGUACAAACUGGAGAUUUCAUUGCAAAUUCCUUAUCAAGGAUCGAUAAAGGAACUUGUGCAUCGUACCAUGUUAGCAUUUAAAUUGCCUUGUUAUAUUGAAAAUGACUUGUUCGAAUCCAUUGAAAGUGCUGUCAAACAAUUGACAAUGAAAUUCCAUGAUGAAAAGUCAGAAAAAUGCAUUGAUGCUGCAGUCCAGGGCGAUUUGGAUGUCGAAGAUAUUAUUAAGAAUUGGGAGAAAAUGUACAAACAAAAAACAGUGGAAUAUGCUGAGCCCCUAGGAACAACAGAUGAAGAGUUAUUUGCAGCUGCUUAUCAUAGAUUAGUGCAUUCACCGUCGUUGGAACCUAUUUUACAGACUGAGCAUAAAUACGGAAAAGAUGUGACAGAAGUCAUUCAGAUGAGGGAUGCUGCUCAGGAGCAGUUGACUCGCAAGCAGACGGAAGAGAUGCGUCUGGCUGUGGAAACCUUGGAAACUGGAUCAACAGAAAAGUCAAUAAGUGAAAUGGCUGGUAGGCAUUUUGAAGAGAUGAGCUUAUUGCAAGGCCACUGGGGAUCUAGAGUUGAUGCUUUGAAACUUGAACAGAGAAGACAAUAUCGAAAUUGGAUUAUGAGAUUGUUGGAAGAACAGCAGACGAGUAUGCUGUCUAGUCCAGUAGAGUCGCCUAUGGUGCCCGUUUCGACUAUUCGUCCUGGGCUGGAGAAUUUCGUGAGAAGUGAUGAAAAAAGUUCUACUGAUUUUCCGCAAUUAGAAGAAAGUUUCACGAUACAUUUAGGAUCUCAAAUGAAACAGAUGCAUAAUAUUCGUAUACUAACUGGGGAUGUUUUGGACUUUUGUAGAACUAAACGCGGCGACAGUGGCAUCGAUCCGACACCACAACGACUACAAACUGCCCUAGGAUUAUAUUCAAAUGAUUUAUGUGGAGUGGUACUUUUAAGUGACAGCAACUUGGGAAGCUUCUCUGGAAUUACUAGAGAAUUAUGUUCUAUAUGUCAGCUUACAACAGAAUUUCACUUUCCACCCAUUGAUGAUCAGUUGGAAAAAAUACGAGAUGACGUGAAAGAUGCAGUUGCCUGGAGGCAAGCUCAUCAAAAGGAAGACCAUGAUUCUCAGGUGAAAAAAUCCUCAAGCAAGGUGCUUCAAACAGGUGAUGUGUUUAUCACUCGACACUCGAAUCUAGCACAAGUUCACGUCGUAUUUCACAUGGUCGUAAAUGACUCCUUGAGAUCUGGUGAUAUCAAUUCAAGACAUCCUGCUAUUUUAGGAUUGAGAAAUAUUUUAAAAAAUGCUUGUUGUAAUGAUGUGACCACACUCACAAUUCCAGUAUUACUAGUGCACGAAAUGACAGAGGAUAUGACAGUCGCAUGGUGCACAAAAAGAGCAGAAUUAGUCUUUAAAUGCGUAAAAGGAUUUAUGAUAGAAAUGGCUUCAUGGGGAGGAGCUGAACUAAAGAAUUUGCAAUUUCUAGUACCUAAGGGAAUGUCAGAUGAUGUAUUUGGUACUUUGGCUACUAUGCUUCCCAGUAUAUUUCGUGUAUCGAAUCCUCUGGUUUUCAAGGCAACAAGUACUCCACAAACACCGAAAAAGUAAAUGGAAAGUUUUGAAUUUAUCGUAAGUCAUUAAAAUACAAUGUUGCAUAUUAUGUACUACCUUUUAUAGAACUCACAAUAAAAUUUUAAACACAUAAAA